AUGGAGAAUCAUCAGUUUCCUAAGAUCGAUACUUUCCUCCAGAAAGAAACAAUAAUCUCUACUUCUUAUUUUCAAGAAUAUGCCAAACAUCCACAGUUUUUUGGCAAUUCCAUCAUAUGGAAUGGCGUUUCAAGAUCAUCAUCAUCAUCAUCACCAUCAUCACCAUCAUCAUCCUCAUCAUCAUCAUCACCAUCGUUUCCGAUAAAUUUUCUUGAAACAUUCUCACAACUCAACCAAACUUCAUCACAAGCGACUGAAACAUCAUUGACGACCAUCAUGCAACCUCAAAACAUGUCAAGUUAUGGUGACUACUGGUUGAAGGCUACCAAAACUCAGCCGAUGAAGUAUACAGGGAGGCAAAUUCCCGAAACUACCCUCAAAAGGACAUCCUUGUUAGCAUCAGUUUGUUCACCAGGGAAGCUAUUUAGAGGGGUAAGGCAACGUCAUUGGGGAAAAUGGGUGGCAGAAAUCCGAUUACCAAGAAACCGAACACGGGUUUGGCUUGGGACGUUUGAUACAGCUGAAGACGCUGCUUUUGCAUAUGAUACAGCUGCUUAUUUAUUAAGAGCUCUUCUUGAAGCAAAGUUACAAGCUUUAUCUCAAAAGGGUAUCGCUAAACUAUCACCACCAUUGCAAGAAAACACCUUAUCAGAAACUUCAAGAAACUCGGAGGUAAACAAUGAAAAAAUCAAAAAGCAGAUGGAAGAAGAGGUAUCAGAUGUUGUUGAAGGGGUUCAGCUAAGUCGAAUGCCAUCUUUGGACAUGGAUAUGAUAUGGGAUGCUAUUCUUGUUUCUGAUUCUUGA